CGUAAAUCGAUGUAUCCCACCUCUCUAAGGAUACAACUACUACUAGAGUGUGAAUGGCAGCAACAUAACAACUAAUGUAAUAUAAGUUUGAUUAGCUUCUGAUAGAUCAUAUCACCAUUUUAUUGCACGUGGGUUGUAAAAAAUCACUCGAAGCGUAUAAAGUACAGCCUAGUUACUGGAUAUUGUCCAAUACAAGUGUCAAAGAAAUCAUAAAAGACUCACAAAAGAUGUCGACCAAACGAACUGUGACUCCAGGCGGCAAAGGGAAAAAGCGAGCUAAAAAUGAUACGCCCGCGAAUUUAAAUAGAGACUUGAAUAAGCUGCGUGGCUUGGCCGCCAGCACACUCGUGGAAAUGGACGCUGAGAAAAUCAACGUCUCGGAUUUGGCUCUCCUCAAUUUGGGUCGAGCGGCGAAAGAAAUGACUGAUGACGAGGUCAAAGAUGAGAUUGAGACGAUUAUGGUACAGGCAGCAAAAGGAAUACUUACAGGCAAUGGACUAGAAUAUGGUGUAGCUCUUCGAGCCGCAUCAAAUCAAUUAUAUAUACCUGAGCUGGAUCGCCUGGUGUUGAAGGAUGCAGUGUCCUCUAGGCCCUUCAGCAAUGUGAGCUCAGUGAAGAAGGUGGCGAUCAGCACGAGGGUUCUAUCACUCAUACACGAGGUUGUCUCGAAGAAUAUCCACAUCACCAAGCGAGAUCUUUUCUACACAGAUGUCAAGCUAUUCACGAAACAGUCUGAAUCAGAUGCGAUUAUUGAGGACGUUGCGACGAUGAUAGGAUGCACUAGGAAUAGUCUCAAUGUCGUCGCAUCCGAGAAGGGUGUUGUGGUCGGGCGGAUGUCAUUUCGAGACGAUGGCGAUCUCAUCGACUGCACAAAAAUGGGUGUCGGCGGGAAAGUCAUUCCGGGUCUCAUUGACAGAGUGUCUGACAUUAAGGGCGAUGCUGAGUUUGUCCUUCUGGUGGAAAAGGAUGCAGUCUUCAUGCGAUUAAGUGAAGACAGGUUUUAUAAUGACUACCCAUGCAUUAUAAUCACAGCUAAGGGGCAACCAGAUAUAGCGACCCGCUUAUUUCUCAAGAGGAUUCGCACAAUUCUGAAGAUACCUAUCCUGGGGUUGAUGGACUCUGAUCCCCACGGCCUAAAAAUUCUAUCCGUCUACAUGCACGGAAGCAAAAAUAUGUCGUACGAUUCCGAACAUCUGACGACAGCGGACAUCAAAUGGCUAGGCGUACGACCGUCUGACCUAGAGCGGUACAAUAUUCCAGUUGAGUGCCGGCUGGAUAUGACGGAGUCGGAUUUGAAAACCGGGAGAGAAUUACUGAACGAAGACUUCGUGAAGAAAAAUCCCAAAUGGGUCGAAGAGCUCGAGCUUAUGAACAAAACAAAGCAAAAGGCCGAAAUUCAGGCUUUGUCUUCGUUUGGCUUCCAAUAUUUGAGCAAAACAUAUCUUCCGCAAAAGUUAAGGGCCGGCGAUUGGAUCUGAUCGUUAUCUAAAGGCACCUGACUUUCCACGAAUAGGUUUUUGGGCGAACCCGAUUAUCCUGACUGGUGGGUGCAAAAUAAACAAAUAUGAAGAAAUCCUUCGACCUGAGUGAUAACUUCUACUGUGUGCCACACAAUAAAAAGCAAGUCAACUCCGCAA